AUGGAGUUGCCAAAUGCGCCUGAAGAAGAAGACGUUGAGUGGAGGUGGUAUGAUGCUCCCUGCCCACGCUUUGCAUUGGGUCGAUGCGCCGACACGUAUAUGCGUUUGCCCAUUAAGGAAACAUGUGACGAUGCGGGAUACGUUAGAGCAGGGAUAGACACAUCCGCCCCUCUCAGCAGUACCGUUGUGGUGCCACCACUGUCUCUGAGCGUCUUAGACGAGCUCGUGAGCGAAGAAUACAACAAGGCGCCUGUGCUCAAAAACGUGGAUGAGACAAAGGGGAACGAGGAAACUACGAGUCAAACAAGUGUUGGUGAUAACGUUCUUUCCACUUUGAGGCUUAUGAGUGGGGCCUGCAAAACGACGGAGGAACUACGUUUGGAAAUGAAGCAGUUAGAGUCUCUAAUGGGAGAAAGGCAGCUGAGCCCCUCUCUCUCUUUGGAAGAAAUCGAUGAUGCCAAUGACCCUGCUUCAAUGCCACUGGGCGUAAAUGAUAGUGACGACUUGUUGUCAGAGUGUCUUCUUGAAGCUGAUAAUGUUGUACUUUUUCGUACGGCGGGGGAGGAGAGUGUUGCUCCCAGGCCUACAGUUGUUGGUAGUAGUUUUGCUCUAUUGAUCAACCAAAACUCCGCACUGGCAAUGGUGCGUUCAAAGGUGAGCCAAUUGAAGCGUCGCUAUCAAAAGGAUGGGUUUGAUCUUGACUUAACCUACAUUACCGCGCGAGUGAUCGCCAUGUCUUUUCCUGCAUGGGGGACGGAGAAGUAUUAUCGUAAUCCCAUUAAUCAGGUAGAACGUUUUCUUGAGAGCAAACAUGGAGGUCACUAUCGUAUUUACAACCUCUGCUCUGAGCGACCGGAGUACGACUCCCCGAAGCGUUUUCAAGGGAAGUACAAACGAUUUCCAUUUGAUGAUCAUAAUGCCCCGUGCCCUAUAAGUCUUGUGCUCGAUUUUCUCCGCGAUACAACAUUGUUUUUGGAGCAGAACACAAAAAAUGUUGUGGUGGUCCAUUGCAAGGCAGGGAAAGGCCGAACAGGAGUAAUGGUGUCGUGUCUAUUACGUUUGCUUGAUCCUAUUAACAUUCCUGAUGCGGAGGAGGCGUUGCGUGCCUUCGAUAAAGCACGCACAUAUGACGGUCUUGGUGUAACAGUUCCCUCACAACGUCGGUAUGUGCACUACUAUGACCGCAUAGUGCAGGAGUUUGGGGGAAAUCUCCCACCGUCUCGUCGACGAAAACUAUACCAGAUCACCAUCGAUUCCGACAUUAAAUUGUCUGGUCCGGUGGACGUGUAUUUAACUGUGGAAGAAGACGGUGCUUUGAAAAUUGACUCCCGUCAAGUGUUUCCUGGAAGGCCCAAAAAGGAUCCAAAAGGGUUUCUUUUUUUCUUUGAGGAGGAGCCGGCCCUCCAGGGGGAUCUACGGUUUACUUUUUAUCAACGUCAUAGAUUGGUCGAUAAGGAGCUUUUUCAUUUUUGGCUAAACACCUCUCUUUGUAGUAGUUACGAGCGAUUGUCGCUUAAAGAUCGCCAACUGGACGGGCGGCCCUCCAAGGCAAAGACUGAAGAGCAGUUCUGCAGGGACCUGGCAGCAAAUGUAAUUUUUGUGGAUUAA